CCUAGUACUCAUUUCAUCAUAAAAUUAACCAACUUCCUCGUAUGCUAAACCAUGGAUUCUACCAUCAAUGUCCCGAGAUGGUCACCCAAUCCAAGCCCAAGCAGACCACUCCAGCAAGAAGAAAUAGAGAACCAAAGCAUAGCUUCGCACGAGGAAGAUGACAAAUCAAUAUCCACAAUAUUUCCAUUUAGCUCUGGAUUUUCAGCUACCGGCGGCGCUGAUCAUCCGCCAUUUCUUUUUAAGAACAUUGAAAUGCAAGCCCCAGUACUCAAGAAUGAUCAGUUUCCGGAGAAAGAUGACGAUGAAGGUAACAACAACACCUGUGAUGGUAUUUUCUUGACAUGGAAAGACUUGUGGGUUACAGUGCCGGACAGAAAAAAUGGCGGCCGCCGGCCGAUCUUGGAAGGGUUAAAUGGGUACGCUGAGCCAGGGAAAAUGCUUGCAAUUAUGGGUCCUUCAGGAUGUGGGAAGUCGACUCUUUUAGACGCAUUAGCAGGGAGAUUAAGCUCGAAUACACAGCAAACUGGCCAAAUCCUCAUUAAUGGUCGCAAGGAAACACUUGCCUUCGGAACAUCAGCGUACGUGACUCAAGAUGACAUCCUAAUGACAACAUUAACAGUAAGUGAAGCUGUAAGCUAUUCAGCAAUGCUUCAACUUCCAGACUCCAUGUCAGCCUCCCAAAAGAAAGAAAGAGCAGAGAAGACAAUUAAAGAAAUGGGUUUACAAGAUUGUGCAAAUACAAGAAUCGGAGGAUGGAGUAAAAAGGGCCUUAGCGGCGGACAAAAACGACGAGUUAGCAUUUGCAUUGAAAUCCUAACUCGGCCUAAGCUUUUGUUUCUUGACGAGCCUACCAGCGGAAUUGACAGUGCUGCUUCUUUUCAUGUUAUGAACCGAAUUGCUAAGUUGGCUAAGCAAGAUGGUCGGACCGUCGUUGCAUCCAUUCAUCAGCCUAGCAGUGAGGUUUUCCAGUUGUUUCAGAAUCUUUGCUUGCUUUCUUCUGGCAGAACCGUUUAUUUUGGUCCUGUUUCGAUGGCAGAACAGUUUUUUUCUUCAAAUGGCUUCCCUUGCCCUACUCUGAGGAACCCAUCUGAUCACUAUCUCAGGACCAUAAACAAGGACUUUGAUGUGGACAUUGAACAAGGGCUUGGAGGUACCGUUAAAACUGAGGAAGCUAUCAAUUUUCUUGUCAAGUCUUACCAGUCGUCGGAGAUUUGCCAGCAUGUUCAAAAGCAAGUAGCUAAUAUUGGUGACAAGAAGGGAGACAAUCUAGAGAAGAGAGGAAGCCAGGCAAGCUUCAUAACGCAGAGUAUCGUGCUAACGAAGAGAUCGUUUGUGAACAUGUAUCGUGACUUGGGCUAUUACUGGCUUCGCCUUGCCAUCUAUAUUGCAUUAUGUUUAUGUGUAGGCACCAUCUUUCAUGACAUUGGCUUAACCUUUGGAUCUAUUCAGGCCAGAGGUUCAAUGCUCAUGUUCGUGGCUGCAUUCUUAACUUUCAUGGCUAUUGGAGGAUUUCCUUCUUUUGUUGAAGAUAUGAAGAUAUUCGGACGAGAAAGACUAAACGGGCACUAUGGUGUGGCUGCAUUUGUCAUCGGAAACACGAUUUCUUCCAUACCAUACCUACUACUAAUUUCCCUCCUUCCUGGAGCAAUCGCUUAUUACCUAGUCGGCCUGCAAAAGAGCUUCGAACACUUCAUCUACUUCGCGCUAGUACUCUUUGUCACAAUGAUGCUCGUCGAAAGCCUAAUGAUGAUCGUUGCAAGUCUAGUACCCGAUUUCUUAAUGGGUAUUAUAACCGGCGCUGGAAUACAAGGAGUGAUGAUGUUAAACGGAGGGUUCUUCCGGUUACCGGACGAUCUUCCGAAGCCAUUUUGGAGGUAUCCAAUGUACUAUAUUGCAUUCCAUAAGUAUGCAAAUCAAGGAUUUUACAAGAAUGAAUUUGAAGGACUAGAAUUUUCUAAUAAUAGUGGAGGACCAAGUAGAAUUAGUGGUGAAGAAAUUUUACAAAGUUUUUGGCAAGUGGAAAUGGGUUAUUCUAAAUGGAUUGAUCUUGCUAUAUUAUUUGGUAUGGUGGUUCUAUAUCGUAUUAUGUUUUUGGGUAUUAUAAAACUUGUUGAAAAGGUUAAGCCUAUUAUCAAUGCUGCCAUGGCUGUUCAUCCUUGAGAUGCAAGGUAUCGAAUAGGUUUAUAAGUAAUGGGUCAAUUUCAGUUGACGACAGCUUUUUUGUUUUUGAUGAAUAAAAGGAGCUUGUUUGAUUUA